CCUCCGCUGCGCGCUCAUCUCCACCGCCGCUUGCGCCCUGUGGUCUCGCCGCGCUCCUCCGCUUCCCUCUGCGGGCUUUUGCUUCUCCUCCUCGGGAUCAGGAUAAGUAUUAUGAUUAUUAAGUGUCGUCUUUCAGCCUGUCUUUCUAUGGCAAGUAAAGGGAGUCGGAUUGCGGUGGCGUUGAACAAAUUUGAUGAACGGGAUACUUUUAGAGAAUCCUGAUCAAACUGCCAGCAUCCUGACGUACUUGAAUAAGACAGGGGCAGAGUUCAUCCGUCUUGACCUUUUCGCUACAUCUGGCUCCAGGGGUUUUCCUUGCUGCUCUUUGGCCCUCCAUCUCCACAAAACCAGUGCCGAGUUAAGAAAAUGGUUGGAUUCAAGCCCACCGAUGUCCCUCCGACCGCCACAGUCAAGUUCCUUGGGGCUGGAACAGCGGCCUGCAUUGCAGACCUGGUCACCUUCCCGCUGGAUACAGCAAAAGUCAGGCUGCAGAUCCAAGGAGAAAGCAAGCUGGCCGUCGCAGCGAAGUCGGCUCAGUACAAGGGCGUCUUUGGCACCAUCGCCACCAUGGUGAAGAACGAGGGGCCCAAGAGCCUCUACAACGGGCUGGUGGCCGGCCUCCAGCGCCAGAUGAGUUUUGCCUCUGUCCGCAUCGGGCUGUAUGACUCAGUGAAGCAGUUCUACACCAAGGGCUCUGAGCAUGCUGGUAUUGGCAGCCGCCUCCUUGCUGGCUGCACCACAGGGGCUAUGGCUGUCGCUGUGGCCCAGCCCACGGAUGUGGUCAAAGUGAGGUUCCAGGCACAAGCCCGAACGGAAGGCGGCAAGCGGUACCAGGGGACGUUGGAUGCCUACAAGACCAUUGCGCGGGAGGAAGGUGUCCGAGGCCUCUGGAAAGGAACAUCCCCUAAUAUAACUCGCAAUGCCCUCGUGAACUGUGCGGAGUUGGUGACCUAUGAUCUGAUCAAGGAUGCUCUUCUGAAAUACAACCUCAUGACUGAUAAUCUCCCCUGCCACUUUACCUCCGCAUUUGGCGCCGGGUUCUGCACCACCGUCAUUGCUUCCCCCGUUGAUGUAGUGAAGACGAGAUACAUGAACUCUGCCCCUGGUCAAUACGGAAGUGCCGUAAACUGUGCCCUCACCAUGCUCCGCAAGGAGGGGCCGUUGGCCUUCUACAAAGGCUUUACUCCCUCGUUUUUGCGGCUGGGAUCCUGGAACGUGGUGAUGUUCGUGACCUACGAGCAGCUGAAACGGGCCAUGAUGGCAGCCCGCGGCUCUUGGGAGGCCCCCUUCUGAGCCAGCGGACGGGUGCAGUUUACAGAUCCUCGUGCACAAAAGAAAAUCCACUGCUUGGAGUUUUUCCUGCCUCUCUACCUCUCCGUUGAAUCUCCUCCUUUAGUCUUCGUGCCUUUUUAAUUUAUUACGUAACGUUUUGUGGCUUCGUCUUGCUUGUUAGUUGGUCUUGGGUGUCCAACCUAACCUUGAACUCUUCCUUUGUGCCAGGUGAUAUGGAGAUGGGACCAUCGCUUUGAGCAGGAAUUUUUGGCUGCUUUUUUAAGUGAUUUUUUAAUAAAAUAUUGCUGUCUGUUUUGCCACGCUCCCCUCCCCCCCUCCUCAAUAUAAUGUUCCCAUUCAGGAAUCAGAUCUUAGAAUUUUAGGCCUUUGGGGUUACCUGCCGUGUUCCUGUUCUGUUUGUUAAUGGAGGCCAGGUGAUAGUCAUAUAAGAUUUUUUCUUUUUAGGAGCUGUUGAAAUCUUGACUUAGUAUUGGUGUCUCCUCCACCUGACCGGGUUAUGCUUUAAAUCAUACCCCUUCAUCCUGCUAUAGUUCAUGUUUUACAUACAGGUCAAGGUUUGCCCUUAAAGACUACAUCGUAUGACCUGAACCACAAUCCAAAGACCAGAGUAACUGACAAUUUGGGGGUGGGGACAGUCAUGGUUUAAGUGACCCACCUCUUUGUUUUCUAGCAUCACUCCCCUCUUUCUCUAAAGCUAUUGCAGUAAGUCUGUGAUAAAUUUGUAACUUGGAUUUACUGCGUGAUUGAUCCAACCUAUGUGUCAUUGAGCUCAGGAGCAUUCAAUUUUUGCCUUCCUUGAAGGAAAAACAGCUUUGUGGCUUUUUUUUUUAAAGCACUAUUUUUAGUAGGGUUACGUGCAGAGGGCAUUAUCAAAUUUCAUUAGGAUUUUCUAGUAUAAAAAUUGCCUAUUGCAAAUCAGUGUGAAGUUCUCAUAUCACAACUCUCUUAAUCUAACUUUAAGGGAGAACAGAGGCGUCCCACGUGGUUGCUGGCCUGAGCUAGGGACUUAACUUCAACCCACCUUGGAUAGCAUGUGUGAAAAUUUAGGAGGCAUUGUUCUAAAAUGUUGGGGAACUAACAGUGCAGUCCUGCACAGAUGUAUUCCAGUCUAAACAAUCAAUUUUAAUGGGUUCAGACUGGAGUAACUCUGUAUAGGAUUGCACGGUAAGCAAAGAAUCUUUGGCCGAAAGCUUUUCAUUAUAGAUUUAAGUGAUAUGAAAGAAGUAUAGACCCCAGUGUCUCUUGUCCCGAGUAGAUAAGUUUGUUUCAGAAACCACGCGGUGGGACAGGUCUGUGUCCGUAUAGACUGGGGAGUGAUGUACAUCUAAGAUGAUGACCUUCAUUUGUCAAGCUGUUGUCUGCCUCCAAGUUUUAGCACUGUCAGAGCCGAGAUCUUCAGUAAUUCCUCACCGAUCAGCCCUAUUGAGGCUCCACCUUGCCGUGGUGUGGCUACCCCAGCAAAUCAGGGUACCCCCUUUAAACUAACCACAGAACUCUGGCUUAUGCCAAAUGAAGCAGCCCAUCUGUCUUCCUUCAUGUAAACAUCUGGGUUGCAAGAAAAGUUCUGGUGAUUGGUUCCUAAGAUACUCGUGUAACCUAUCCACAUCUUCAGCAAUGGAAAUGUUUGACUUGAAAAGGUGUGGGGUGGUGAUGGUAGCGGUAAACACUUCAGGGGUACACUGAGCAGGGAUGUAAGUUAGGACAUGCAAGUCAAGGUGGAAUCUUACUGUAGGCUUCCUACCUCUUUGGCAACAGGAGGUGGCUUUGGGUAACUUGUGAAUGAGCCGUAUGCCAGAGUAGGGACUCCUAUAAUAUCAGGCAUCGUUUUCUCUUGGUCAUGUAUAUUAGAUGCGCUUUCUUUGACAUGGCAGUGGGCAGAAGUGUCCUUAUGCGAACGUCCUCAGUUAAGUUUGCCAAAUUGCAGUAAGCACUUCGUGUUUGAGCUCCAGGGGAUGCAGUUAGCUGCUCCCCCUGCUCCCCCACCAUAAGACCAAAUUAAUUCCAUUUUUGGUAGUUGGAGGUGUGGUGGAAGCCGUCUUUUGCUGCAGGUGUAUAAAAACAGCUUUUUGAGUUGCAGUCUUGCGGUCAUCGUGAUCCUUAGGGUAGACAGCCCUACUAAUUUUUUGGUCUGGAAGCAACGAUGAACACAAUUUCUGCAGGACUCAACCAGAUAUUAGUUCCUGGCCCCUUUUAUAUUAACUUCAGAAGAAACAUUGUACCUCUAGGCCUAGCAAGCGAGUGUCCUGUGAAGUCAUGGUUGCAAACUUGUAAUGAAUCUGUUUUAAAAUGUCAACGUCUAUGUUUGUGCAUGUCUUUUAAAAUAAAGCUAUAGUAGGAAGCAA